AUGGAACCUUCCAAGCGGAAGCGACGCGUCGUCGGAGUCGAUGGAGACGACGACAACCGUCGCCGCCCUUCCAGCAAUCCCCGCCCUGCUGAUGUGGCCCAUCCCCAAGUGAACAACGACGAGGUCGAGGAGUUCUUCUCCAUCCUCUGUCGCAUGCGAGACGCCACGCGCUCGAUCGGUGUCCGCCGGAAGGCGCCCCAGCCCGCUCCGGCGUUGCCACUGUGGAGCCCCACGUUCGUGCCAGAGGACUUCGAGGGUCCUGAUCCUAAGGGCGAUCGCGGAGUGUCGGCGGAUAGCGCGGAGGAGGAGCAUGGUGCGCCCCCACUUUGCCUGGACUUGAACGCGGAUCCGGAGCCGGAGUUCUCGGCGGAGGAGAACCCCUGCUGCGAGGCGGCCACGCGAUGCGCCCGUAGACCCGCGUAA